AUGGGCCGAUCCAUCUUCACCGGCAAAGAGGUGAGGGCAGUUUACAAGCACUACACGUCGACUCCGGGCACAGGGCCCCGAACCUCAUUGCAUGCUGUCAAGUUUGUCAAGAAUGCUUGUAUCCCAUUUGUCUCUGCACAAGUCAAGAAGAAGCUGGCAUCCUUACCAAAGGCAGACAAUCGUGCAACGUUGAGCCGAUAUAUGAACAUCUUUUCCGCGGAUGGCGCUCUUGAAAGACUCCAAGUAGAAUAUGAAGCUCAUCCUGAAACACUGUUCUUCGUUGGAGAAUUGGUGCCGUGUUCAUCAAACGCUCCUGAUCCACAGCAGAAGAAGUGGCCGAACCAAAUUUCCUACGAGCUCACUCAAACCGCCUUAAAGAUUCUUCGCCGUCAUGAGAAUCACGAAACUUCCUUCAGUGCGCAAGAAGUUCGAGAUCUCUGCACAUAUCAGGAGCAACUUAGCGAUCGAGGAGCAGACAUGUGGUCCAGUCUCGCCGUCUUCUUUCGGGACGCAGCGCAUCCUUUGGCCUCGCCAUCCCUGCGAGCUAAGUAUGUUGCAUUCUCCGAAGAAAUUGACACGACUGUGAUUGUCAAUCAAUACUACGACUUGGUUCGGGAUGGAGCCGUCAGCCGACUGAUACAAAGAAUCUCGCAUCUGCGCCAUGAGAAGGUAGAAGUGAAGGCUGGUGAUGUGCCACCCGAAAAUCCGGUUUCAGAAUAUGCCAGUGAGCGUGAACAGGACUGCCAACACCCCGGGAAACAGAUUCGACAAACGCCAGAAAAUAGUAAACAGCCGACUCAACCUAUCUCCUCCGCUCCAGAACAGGCCGGUUCCACGGGCAACUCUGGGUCUGGUAUUCCACUGGUCGGAGCUGUUGAUUCACAAGGGCUUGCGCUCCCUUCAUACACGCGCGCAAAAAGUGGCAAAGUGAUGAAAAAAACCUUUUCACAGCUCUCUCCACGACGUAUCCGUGACCUUAUCCGGCAGUACGACCCAGCAGAUCAUGAAACUCGGACUGAGCUUCGCAAUAAUGCCGAAGUAUUUUACCUUGGUGGCAAUUACGCUUACCAACUGAAACCUCAUUACUUCUGGGUGAUGGUUCAAGAACUUGAGCCGGAUGAGUUGGCAAUUACCGAGGCCCAGAAGGACGCCAUUUUCCCUACAUGGAGAGAAGCUUUGGAAUUGUCCCUUGUGCAGAGGAGCCUGGCAACGCAACCUGCCAACAGAGGUCAUUCACCGAAUCCGAGAGUCUCCAGCGUAUCGACCGAAUACACAGACAUUCUUCAGCGGAUGGAGUCGAAGCUUGAUCGUCUCACAGAUCGAGUCGCAGAUUUUAUCACUGAGAAUUCGACAUUGAAGCAGUCUGUUGAUGAGUUGACGUUUCGAGUCAACGAGCUGAAGGCUAUUGCCAUUCAACAUCAGGAUAAGACUGAGACAAAGAAAAUUCCAGGAAUUUCAAAGAAACUAUUUCGAGUCGGUUUUCCAUCGGAACAGAAGUAUGGACUCUCCUCUGACUCAGGCGAUGUUCCUUCUAAGUUCUCGAAUGCGCCUUUUCAAGAAAUGACUGCAGAGGUCAACAACCAGGCAGAGGAGACAGAGCUGCCGGUGAAAUACUCCUCACGUAAUAAGCACCGACUGUUCUCCGAAGAGGACAGCGUGGACGAGGAGAUUAUUCAGCCCCUCGCAAAGCGGUCGAGGAGGUCAAGUGGAAAUGGAGAAAAGCGUCGACGUUCGACCAGAGCAGCCCCAAAGAAAGCAACACGCUGA